AAUGAGCAACACUUGUUAACUUCACUUGUAGAUCUACAAAAGAAUCCUGUCGAAGGUUUCUCUGCUGGUCUUGUAGGUGAUAAUAUUUAUGAAUGGGAGAUUCUUAUUAUCGGUGCUCCAGAUACAUUAUAUGAAGGAGGUUUCUUCAAGGCUCGUCUUUCUUUCCCAACGACAUAUCCUAUUGAACCACCUUCGAUGGUAUUUCUAACAAAGAUGUAUCACCCUAAUGUUUAUCCUGACGGCACAGUCUGCAUUUCUAUACUGCAUCCACCUGGUGAUGAUAAAUAUGGUUAUGAACAUGCAAGUGAACGAUGGUCACCUGUUCAUACAGUGGAAACAAUUUUAUUGUCCGUCAUUUCUAUGCUAUCAAGUCCCAAUGUUGAAUCACCAGCAAAUAUAGAAGCAGCGAAGGAGUAUCGUGAUGAUUAUUCGCAAUUUAAAAAGAAAGUUCAAAGAAUUGUCAGACAAUCUGCUGAAGAACUAUUGUAA